AAUAUGGCGGACAAUUUGUUAUUAUGGAACGAAAUAACAUGAAAGAAUUUGGAGCUUGUGGGUAAAAUAUGUACGUUGGCCGUCACCAUGAUUACGGCAGAUACGAAGAUGAAUCUUCGGAGGAAGAAUGUGAACACUGCUCUAGACAAAACGUUCGUUUACGAAACGAGGACAAUUGGUCGGGCACACUGUAAGCGUGAAUUUUAGAAAUACUUGGUCUUUCAAUUGUAAACUAUUAGGCCAUGUCGUGAGUUUGCUCUCUGUCGUGGCGUUAAUUAGAAUGUUUUAAAGUAUUUAAUGACUUUAUCACCUGCCUUGCUAGGGUUUCAUGAUGAAUGAUGUUUUCAUGAGAGAAUAUCUUUCGAUUAGCUAUUUCCCGACUCAGUCCAAUGUAAUGUUUGUUGUCACGAUCGCUUCGGAAUGGUCACCCACAUCUCGGUGUCGAUUUCUAAUUUUGGUAUAAUUUGUGCACACACCGUUGAUUAUUUGUUUCAUCAUUUAAACACCCAUCAUCAAUAUUGUCUGAUUCCUAAGUAUAUCGGACUAAGAGUCCAUUUGUUAGUCAAAAACUGAAAUUGUAUGAUUUUACUUAGUGAAGGAAUCUGUGUUGUGUUGCACUUUUAUGUUUUGCAAAGAAAUGAAUAGUCAAAAAUUUUAAGUGUGCAAACAGAAAGGCGUUAAUAACUCUCGAUAACGAUCUCUUGACUUGUUUCACGGCAUCAGCGUGAAAUUUAUGUAGAUUUGGGGUUCACGUAAUGGUCGCUGUUGUUCACUUCUGCAUCACUUAAGGUCAUUCGCAUAUUUCAGGUACGAAGAACCGCCGUGGGCAAGUCAUAUUAAAGAGAAAGGUGAUGUAUUUUACGUUGAGCCGUUCAACGAACCUUCUCCGAACGACAUGUUGGACGCACUGGAACGAUUGGACGUUUCAGAGAACGGUACACAAGGAGAUAGAGAGAAAGACAAGGGCAAAUCGACGCUUCGGAGUUUAAGUUCUGUGAAGAAAAUUAUUCCUGGAUUGAAGCGAGACAGAUUUGACGACAAGAGCCCUAAUGAAAAGAACCAUAAAAAUUCAAGUGCUGUAACUCGUGGAACUGUAGACGGUCUUUUAGAUGGCAGUAAAGUGGUUGGUAGAUUUUUCAAGAGAGAAGUCCAUCUCAUUGUUUCCCCUCCAAAAAGCCAUUCUGGGCUUAAAAAUGACCUAGAGACUCUACUUGGAAUUAUUCCUGGGAGAGAUAAAUCUGGCAAGAUGGCACAAAAUGACAGUUACUCAGGAUCUAGGCUCUAUAUCAAAGGGUUUGUUCCUGAUGGACCAGCUUUGCGAAGCGGAGAUCUUAGAAUAGGUAUGGUAUUGUUUGCAAGUGAUGCAUGGCAACAGUCAUCCAGCACAAGUGUUUGACAAUCAAAACCUUGAAUGCACUUAAGCUCUCUGGCUCAACACUCUUAAUUCCCAAAUUUGGGCAUAACAUGUCCUCUUAAAGUAGUAUACCCAAAUUGUUCAAAGGAUAGAUGACACUUUUGAUAAAUAAAUCACUACUUUGUGGACAUGCUCAGUUAGUUUGUAUAUCCACACACCCAUGCAUCCUGUGUUACUCUAUCUACCCUCCGCACAUAUGAAUACAAGAGAAUAGGUGUACUUAGUUUGUAUACCAUCUGGAAGUAAGGCUUGAUGUCAUGAUCAUCACUGAUCAGGGAGAAAACUUUUGCACAUAGCAUUUGUCCUUUUCAUUCCUAGAUGUAAUCAAUUUACAAAAUGUUUCAUUCAUUUGUUUCCAGGAGAUGUGCUACUGUCAUUAAACAAAUUAGAUCUUAAUUCAAGCAAUGUUCACACAAUUCUUGCUGCCAUUACUGGGCCAAUGGAGGUGAGGCAUAACAUAUUUUCCACUUCUACAUGGUGUUUCAAAUUUUUCAAACCAAUUUGAUCAUUUUUUCUGUUUACUCGUAAUUCUGUUGCUAAUGAGAGACACAGGAAAUCAAACUUCAGCUCAGCUUGAAACAGUUUUGCAACAACAUAAAAAGUGAAGCACAAAACUACCUGGUGUAACUCUGAAUUUUUAUGGCAAAUGUCUGAGUGUUAUCUUUAAAUGUGGUUAUUAUGUUUAAAGAAAAUGGAAAAAAAUUCAGAUUUUAAGUCAUAAUUGUGUUGAUGUAAUACUGUAACAGGUAGACUUUAUUUUUGCACUUGUCAAAAUAUAAAAAAUGCAAGUUAGAUGUUGUGAAGGAAACAGUGUUUUUUUCAAUGAUUGUACAUAUAGAAGAAGGUUUGCACUAAUCCAAAGCUCACUUUCAAGGUGUACAAUCCACUGUGGUAAAACUCUCCUAUACUUAGAACUUUGCUUACAACUUAAGUUUUCAAUGAGAGAAUUGUUUCACAAAUUUGCCCCUUUAGAUCACUCUUACCAUUCAAAGAGCAAUCCAACCAAAGAUAGCAUCCCCAGUCAUUCAUCAAAGUACCCCACCAAAGAGUGACAGCCAUCUUGUGAAGUUAAUCAGUGGAGAGGUACCUCUUGCAUCCAAACCAAACCUAAAGAAUAUCCCUCAUGUGGCUUUGUAUUUAACCAUUACUUCCAGUGAAGAUAAUGGUGAACCUGAUAAGGUAGGUGUAUAUGUCCUUGUAUGAUAACAUGACUUCUUAGUCUGGAUUGGCAGGGAGAUAGGAGGGGAUAGAAUGGGCAAGAGGCCAUAACUUCUAUAUCAUGAGGCAGUAUGGUUAUUCAAAAAGUUAUGAGGUUUCCCGAGGCUUAUAGUGAGCUUUAGUGCCUGUUUUAUACUCAUUAUUGUACAGAGGUUAUAUUAUUUUAAGCCCAACAGGAGAACACAAUGACCUUGCCAGGGCAGUAAAGGAAAAGCAUUGAUCAAUUUAUCAUGGAGUAUCCCGCUGUCACUUUUUCACAAGAAGCCUGAAGAAAUUGUAUCAAGGCCUAAGUUUUCCAGGCUUUUUUUUCCAGGUUACUUCUGAGGAUCAAGUGUUAAUUAACCAACAUCCACAGGUCAAAAUAUAAUGAAUUCAUUUAAAUAUGAUAAAGUCCCUCACUGCUCACAAAAAUGUGCUAAUACAUGUAAUUAAAUGUAGAUCAUAGCACACCAUGCACUCUGAGGUGUUUGUGUGAUAUAGUUAAAUAUACAAUAGCUUUCCUGUUUUCUGAUUGGCUUAAUUUUUUCCACAUGGUAUAAUGUUGAGAAAAACAUGAGAAAGCCCAAUAUGAUGAGUAAACUCAUUGAUCUCACUUGUUUUGCUUGUUUAAUAAAUAUAGGACAUACUUUACCAGUAUCCUAAGACAGAGGCAGCAACCAAGUUAGUUGGGCUAAGGGGAAUGUUCUUGACUUUGAGUGAUUUAAUGUCAUCUGUGACAGGCAGUACAGCAAACAGGUAUGUACAUGUAGUACUGGUAUAGUAUAUUGCAUCACUUAAAUUAAUUGAUUAAAUGAUGAAUGCUGAUUGUUCUGAUUAUUAAAACAUGUUCAAACAUAAAUUUCAAGUUAUAUUUGUUGAGCCCCUUACAUUUAGCAAUUUUGUUUUGUGAAGCAUUGUAAUGAUUAUGAUCAUAGUGAUUAUUGUGUAAAUUGCAUUUGCAUUAUGUUGCAUUUAGUAUGUGCAAGAGUGCUUGUAAAUGGUGUAGUUCCACCUGUAGGUAGAUGAGGAGUUUGGAUACAUGUCUACGAAGAAAGAAUGAGGGGAAAAAUUCCAUUUUCAAAUGGAAUCGUGUUUGGUGUGUUGAAAGGGUUUUUGUGUUGUUAUCUAUAUCAACAUGAAUAAUAAAUUCCAAACUUCAUUUCAUAAGAUUUAAUGUAAUUCAUUCUUGUUGUCUGUUAUUUUUAGUUCUACACUGGUGUUGGACAAGAAGCUGAUUCAUGUUGUGUAUUCUAAACUGGACAGAGAUGUGUUAGUCAUGGCUAUGCCAGCAGAAAAGUAUGUUUUUAAAGUAUUAAAACAUAUAGAUAAUUUCAGCACAUUUUUUCUAAUAAGACCAGGGGGAUUUUUGUUAGUUUUCUGUACAUCCUUAACCAAGGGCAAAACUAGAGUAUUUUCUGGUGUUAUCUUUUCCUAAUCUCAAGUCUCUCUCUUUUUUGUCAGAAUACCUCUUAUUCAACUGCAGAAGGUUGUUGCUGAUGUUACACAAAUACUCUCUCUUACAUUUGGAUCAAUGCAAAGGUAUUGUUUAGGAUGAUUUGUUAGUCUUACUGGUAUAGUUUUGAUUGUUUGGUGAAAACAUGUUUUGAGUACAUUGUAUAUGUAUAUACAUUAAAUUUUUCUCACAGAAGAGAGUGCAGUAUGCAUUAACAUACUUUCCAUUUUAUACAAUAACUGAACACUAUUCCUCAAAGGUGGCGCUUUUUGUGGCCCAGAGUUAUACUGAGGGGUGUUCAUUUUAAUUGUACUUAACAUAUAUAAAGAAACUGAUGGGCAUUCCAAUCUGCUGCUCAAAGAUGAUCUAUUUUCUACAUAUUGUACAGUAAGAUAGAUCUAGUAAACCCUUUAACUCCCAUUAGUGACCAAGGCAGAAUUUCUCCUUACAAUAUCUAUACAAUAUCAAGCAGAUAAGUGAUGAGAAUAAAUAAAAAUAUUAAUUAGGGGAUUAUUAGUUGAUCCAAUACCAAAUUCUCAAAAGCAACAUUAGAAGAACUAUAUGGCAGACAGUAAGGAGAAUUACUCAUGAGAUCUUGGGAGUUAAAGGGUUAAAUAAUAUUGUACAGCUCAAGUUUAGCCACAAAUGGUUAAAUAAAUCAGCAUCUUAACCCUUUACAGCCUAACAUCAGUAUGCACACUCUCUGUACUGUUAUCUAUACAUUAAUUUUCUUAAGGUGCUGACAAAGAGAAUUUGUUUAACAGUCAAGAGCUUCUUUACUUGGUGAUCAUUUACUUAAUUCUCAUGAUCUUAAAUGAAUGAUUCAGAAGUAUUUUUCUCAGGAGAAACUAGAUGCUGGUCACUCUUAGGGUUUAAAGGAUUGAUACAAAAUUGUUGUAAUCUAUGUCUCACUUGACUGUUCUUUACAGGGCGUUUUGUGACAAAUUCAACAAAGUCCGUGCAGAUCAUCUGUUUUCUCUUCUAUUUGACAAAGCCCUCACCAGGCCCCCAGGAGCUAAUGAAAAGGAUUGUGUAAAUCGACUUACAGACCUUUUGCCAGGUGUUCAGUGGCUCAACCUACCCCUGGCCACAGAGGUGAGGAGACUUUUUUUAGCUAUAAUGUAUCAUGGUUUAUUAAAUAUUAAGUAUUUUUCAUUACCAAAAAGCAAGAAAAAAGAUGUAAGCUACACUGAUAAAAGUAGAAUUAUGUUCUUCAAGGAAGGACAAAACUUUCCUACCCUGGAUCUACUGCUUUUCUGCAGUACUGGUAUACAUUCCUGAUUUACAUUCCGUGUUUCAGGCAAACCCAAUCCACAGACUAUGAACCUUGAUUAUAUUACGCAUUUAUAAAUAAAAGAAAUGGUGUAUUCCUUGAAGCAAAGACAUAGUGUUUUAUGGAUUUUUCAUGCCACACAUCAUGUGAAAGAGACCAAAAACAAUGACAAAUGUAAUAUUUCCUUGAAUAAGUGCCCACACUCUAAUAAGCACCCUCUCGUGAAAAAAUAGUGCCCACCCCCAAGGCUACAAAGUCAAACAAGCAUCCCGCAAAGAAGAGUCCUCCCUUCCUCCCUAUACUUGGAAAACCUGUUUCUACUGCCACCUUAUUUAUAACUCCUUUAAGAGCUUCAACUACAGCAAAGUCAGUACAGGUGUCCCCCUUGAUUUAGUGCCCUCCUUUUAGCUGAAAUUUUCAGUGCUCUGACGCUUCUUGAGGAAGUAUACUAAGUUGAGUUAAUAUGAAUUAGAUCUACCUGUAGAAACUUGGCCACCCCUAGUUAAAAGACUGAGACAACCCAGUCUGACUGGAGUUUUUUUCCCCUUGUUUUAAUUCAGUUAUUUCCUCACAGGUUCAUGUACACUGCUGUCUAAAUGACUUAGAGGCUGCAGAUUAUGGAGAAUUUGUAAGUCUUGACCUGAUAGUAUUGUGUGUAGUAAGCAGUAUACAAAGAUAACACAAUAACAAUUUCUUUAAUUUGCCAUGAUGAAAAAUAUAAAUGACAUGAAGUCUUUGUGAAUGCCAUACAUAUAGUUCUGAUGAUUGCUGCUUUGCACACAACUUAGAUAGUCUUUGUGAAUGUCAUACUUACAGUUCUUAUGACUGCAGCUUUGCACACAACUGCAUAUAUCAGGUUGCAUUUGGGAUUAUCACUUUAUGAUGAGUAACGGUUUGACAUGAAGUUCUCAUGGUUGCUGUUCUUUUUUGUUGUUGUUGUUUUUUUUUGUUUGGUUUUUUUUUGUUUAUUGUUUUGUUUUCCUUUUUAGGCAGAUGAGUUUUUUCAGAUUAGAAGAUUAUAUACAAUUUUAGGCUCCAGUAUAUUUUAUAAGGUAUGGCUUCAGAGAAUGUGUUAAUAGAACGUCUCUCUAUAAUGUUAGGGAAGACGUUCAUCUUUGGCAAGUCCAUUUAUACAAACACUGACCCACCACAUCUAGUGAAAUGUGAUGUUAUGUUACUUCUAAAGUCACACGCUAUUGACAUCAUGUCAUAUCACAUGGUACACCACAUGUCACAGAACAUCGUUUAACCUCAUGUUAUAAUGGUACAUUUAAUGUCGUGUUACAUCAAGUCAUGUGACAUAUGAUAUUGCGUGAAAUCGUGUCGUGUUACAUGUUACUUUCUCUACACCAAUUUAAGGUGUCAUGACUUUAAUUUCCUGAUAAAAUGUUCUUUUUUCCUUAGGGAUAUUUAGUAGCCAAUCAUUUAAAAAGAGAAGAUUUAGAAGAUAUUGUAUUAUACUGUAAAUAUCAUUGUUUACUGGCCAUGAGUGCAGAACAGAGAGUUGGUCAAUUAGUUAUCUGGCGAGAGGUAUGUUAAUAUUCAAACGUGUCUCAACUGCUUCAGUUUAAUCUUUUUAACCUUACCCAUGUUCACAUAUCACGAGAGAGGCGUUUCAAACCCCCCUCCACAACAGGAAUGAUUAAAGAAUAAUGGUUGAUGACAAAAGAAAGAAUUCCAAGAAAAUGUUGGCAAACAAACCCCUUUCAUGUAGACUGAACUGAAGUUAACCCUUUAGUUCGUGACUUACAGUAUUACCCUUAAAUUGAAAACAAAAAGGUCAAGACGGUAAUAAAAGAAGUGAUUACCAAUUCAAGUACACCGUAACACCUGAUUUUCAAAAAAAUUCUCCUUUUCCGUACCAUAGGAAAUGUAUAGGGAACAGUAGGGAGAAUAUGGAAACAUCAUUAAUGUGGCGGUGUGAAGGGUUAAUACUACUAGUCAUUUUUCCCUAUAUCAGACAAGCUUGCAAACCGUCAACAUAGGGAACUAAUAUACUCAUUUGACAAUUGAACAUGUUGAUGUUUUAGAAGCUAUUACCUGGAUAGUUUCAUUACAAGCCGCUAAAACAUACCAUGCAGUUCCUAUGGUGGUAUUUCUUUUGUUUACAAGAAUAAGAGCAACCCAGUUUCAAGGGCUAAAUGUAAACGUCUCUUACUGCUCGUUAUCUCAAACAUAAGUCUGCGUCAAGAGAUCAUGAUGGAACCAAUUGUUAACGAUAACGAGCUGGCUACGCAUUUAAUCAGAAUGGGAGGUAGACUUUAAAACGCACCAUCCGUGUCUCACACUAUUUACGUAUAUAUGUGUUGUUUGAAGGUUUUUCCGACGCGAAGACAAAGACCGAGACCUGAAACCAGAAAGGGAGAUGAAGAAGAAUAUUAUGAACCAACUGCAAGAUAUUUUUUACUCAUCGUAGGCAUGGUAAGAAAAAAAACAAGCGCAGACAUAAACUGAUGUGUAUUACCAGUAGAACCUACAUAAUCAACCCUUUAACUCCUAAGAUUUAAUGGUUAAUUUUCCCCUCCUGCUACUACAUAUUUCCUUUCAAAUUAGUUACAAGAAGUUGGUGUCAGAUCAAGACAACAACUUCUGUUUGAUAUGUUUGAGUAUUCUCACUACCUAUUUGCUGGAUAAUGUAUGGAUAUUGCAGGGAGAAGUUAGAUGUUAAUCACUUCUGGGAGUUAAAGGGUUCACUUAAUAAAGCCAAACUAGUUGGCAUUUAUAAUGAUUUUAGAUAUAUGAAAUUCAUAUAUUUUCACUGCGGUGAAGACACGAAUUUAAGAGAUCCUCGCAGCUAAGAACACCACUGAACUAGUAGUAAAAAAUAAGACCUGGAAAAAAUUCAGGCCCAAACGGGAUUUGAACCCAUGACCUGUGCGAUACUUGUGCAGCGCUAGUUGGUAUUUUGGGGGGAUUUUUGAGCGGUGAAAGCCACUAGAGGGGAGAUUUCCGCCAAAACGCGCGGCAAGGCUGCAAGAAGAAUGGGGAGGAGAACUUCUCCUUUGAUAGUUGGCCAAGGUAAGAGGAAGUGUAAGUACACUGCUUUACUUGCAGUAUCAGCCCUGAUUCAAAAAUGAAAGUCACGAGAAUAAAGUAAAUGAUCACCAGCUAAAGAAGGUCUUAAUUUUUUACACAAAUUCUCCUUUUCAUCAUCCUAUUAAAUGUAUAGUGAACAGUAUGGAGAUUAUGCAUAUUGAUUUUAGGGUGUAAAGGGUUCAGGAGAAUAGCAACAUCUACAUUUUGAACCGUGUCUCUCCACGAAAAAUAUUUCAUUAUUCUGUUUUCUUUCUUUAGAAACACUGGCUUAUGUGUGUUCUGCUUGAGGCGGGUGGCAUCUCAAGACGGUAGGAGCUCAUGUGAAAAUUAGUUCUCAAUUUAACUCUUGUUGCCAUUAUUAACUUCAAGCGCCUUCAAUCCACUUGAGUGGUGGGAGAAGAAACCUGGGUGAAAUUAAUGUAACUAAAUAAUCCAUGAUCUUGUUAGCAUAAUUGUUUUCAGUUAAGUUCACGCCAUUGUUUUCUCCCACGCACUCUUAAUUGCUUCUGCUCAAGAAUUGACGCAUAAAUUAAACGAGAUUGUAUACCUCUUUUACGGCUGCAGAUUCUUAAACCCUCAUAUUCUAAUAGAGAAUAGUUCAGUUUGCCAAUGUUAAAUUUCACGGUAAUCAAUCAAAACAAAUGAAGAAAUAAAUGAAGAAAUAAAUGAAUGAGUGGACCGUCAGACGGAUAGUUUAUUGAACAGAUUAUAUGAGGCAGUUUGGCGUCUACAUGCGUCAUAUAAUCUUUUUUUUUUUAACUGUGGUUUCUUUUACAGAGCGGAGGGCCAUCCUCCCCCAGACACCUACUAUGUAGAUCAAGUGAAAAACGCGCUACAUCAGAUAGAAGCCCUGGACAUUCCCUCCGUUUGUGAAUCAAGGUGAGGACAUGAUGAGGACAUUGCUUCAAGAGUAGCUAACAAAUUUAUACAGCUGGCUUAGAAGGAUGAAAGUGAAGCGAACCGUAUUUUUAUGUGGUUGUAACUGAAGCAAGUGGAACAAAAUUCGAGCACAUAACAAGAGGAUUAUUGCAAAUGGCUCUGUUUUGAAUGGUGCAUAGUAUCAAUCUGUGAGAACGCAGCCGAAGAGGUUUUACAUUGCAAUUAGGGAGGGGAGAGAACACGGCCAAGGAAGGUCCGAGCUUCGACUUAGUUGUGUGAGAAUUGUGAAAUGGUUAAAUUUCCGUAUUUUGUUUAUAGAGUUUUGCUCAAAACAUGUCAUUGGCGCGUGUUUUUUCACAGGUUGAGAAGCGUAAGCAAUCCUCCUCUAGCUUCGGCAGAUAUGCUGCUGAAUAACCCGCCCUGUUCAUUGAAAACCUCAUCAACUGCAGGUGGCUCAGACACACCCACUGCUCAGAAGAAGCACAACAAUGUGGAUAACUUACGGCUUCAAGGUACUAUCGCAUAACAGAUGACAGAGAUUUGAGGCCUAGUAGGACCCAACCUCUUUUUCAGGCUUCUCUUAUUCCAGUCCCUCCGAGGUGAUUAGGUACCUUGAGAACGUUAGCGAACGGUAAUAAGGCCAUGUGGAAGUAUAUUUGUAAAAAGUAGAUAUUUAAACCAAAUUAGCUGCAUACUCGAAAGAAAAGAGAUACAAAUGAUGGCGCUUUCUUCUAUUAUUCCUUUUUAAGAAUUUAAAAGUCAGGACAGACCGAAAAGGAAGAAUAGCGUCGCAUAGCUUCGGGCGCUUUAUCAAGUGUCACUUUCUCGUCUAUAAUCGUCAAUAUUUAAUGAAUACUUUCGAAUUUGCUUUACAGAUGAAGUCGAGUCCUCCGACAGUGGUAGCGUUCCCUCGACACUCCGACGGAAAGGUUCGGACAGCUCCGGAAGCUUGGGUAGCUUAGGGACUAGAGGCAAACUAAGAUCAUUCCGGUCCCAGUUCUCUCUUAAUUCUGCGGGAACGUUUAGGAAGAGCUUACCAGAAAAUAUACCUGAUUUGUCGCAGAUAGUAACAGCCAAGUAAGUGUUGAUAAAAAAGGAUGUGAACUGAGACGCUCUUGGAGCAAUAAACGUACUUUCGAUUUAGGACUGAAAAGCUUAGUACAACAACACGCAUUUACACUCCUUUGAGAUGGCAGGUUACUUCAGUGAGGUAAUUUCCCAGUGUCUAUAACGUGACCGUGAAUCUACCAGUGUCAAGAAUACCCUUAAUCAGCGAGACACUUCAUAUGAGAUCUGUACAUGUCCAUUUAUAUGUGAACUCUCCAAGCAGAAACUCAAUUUUGCUGUACAGUUACAAACUAUAGUGACGAAGUCUCUAUCCAAAUAUAAGAGUUAUUUUCAAUUGUUGAGAGGAUCUUUAAUGAGGGCCUUCAGUUUUGAGACACGUCACACUUUUGUCAUCCAAAGCAGAGCUGAGUUUUAUCUAUUCAAGCGUGUGAUUGUACUUCAACAUUGUUCGAAGGAAAUUGAACUUAAUUACCGAAAGGCAAAAGGGUUGCAAGUCUCUUCUCUCACUGAACGUCACGAGUUAAGUUCAUCUUUGUCAACUUAUCAUAAUCUACUCCGUUCUAAGGGGAAAAAUUGACGCUUUGCGCCGAAAAUUUUUACUUGUUUCCAGAAUUAAAAGCAGGUGCAGAAUUAAUUUAAGUUCCUAAUCUCUUUAGUGGAAAUCUUUUCGUUGAGAAUCAUACCUGUAUUUCCUCGUCCAUUUGCACGUUUUCCGUUAUCUUCGAGAAUGGAAAAAAUUUGUUAUUUUAAUAAUAGUAGAUCUUUCAUUGACGUCCGCUCCCCCUGAAAAACUCAAGAUCCCUCAGAAAUACUAAUGUUCAAAUGUUACUCGAUGUUUUUAAUUAUUUGUAUUAAUAAUGGUAAUAGGAUUGAGUGGAGUCCAAUCAGUCUUUAAUCAUACAAGUGAUUACGAAAUCGGAUAGUCGCGAAGCGGGAGUCCGAUUUGUCAACUGAUCUUGGUAUAUCAGAUUUGUCAUUUGUUCUAUCCGAUUUGUCAAUCUUUUUCUAUCAGAUUAACCGGUGGCACAGAGAACACGCUGUUUCAUUACGUCAGCUGGGAUUCAUUCCAAGGUAUUGUGGUGUGUCCAAGCGAUGGAGACACGCCCUCCCCCAGUGGAGCAGUACACGCUGAGGUGGUGAACUCAUUUCACAAAACAUGUCUGUCCAUACGUAGGUUGUUUUCGCCUUACUACAAACAGGUGAGUUGAACAUCACCUUCCUGAUUAAAGUUCUAACAGUGUAAUAAACCUCAACGACCAGUGUUCCCUUCCCCAGUGAUAAUCAAAUGUAAGGAACAGGACCCCGAUGUAAUGUUGCAUGAACACCUGUUCCCAGUGCCUAGGUACUUGAAUUUGUCUGAGUGUCUCACACUCAGAAUUAUAGCAAUUUCAUAAUUAACCCUUUAAUUGAUAGAGUCACAGAAGUGAUAGGCUUAGAGCUUUUCCUUUUAAUACCUUAUAUUCUUAUAAAUGGGUCAAAGAUCUUAAAAAAUUCUCAUUAGUUUAUUCGUCCAGAGAUAACGGAAUUAAGAUAUGUUUAUUUGUUUUAUUUACAGCGCUUAAAACAGGAUGGCAGCCGUUCUCGAUUCAUGUCUUCUGGAAUGCAGAGAGUGGUUGAACAUGGUGCACUCUUUCACAGGAUUCCAGAGAGUUCCACAGAUCAGAAGAAAGUUUCUUCUGUCCUAAAGUACUGGGUGAUAGGGUACGUUCACAAACCUGACAAAUACGAGAACUGAUUAGGUUCUGUAAACAGAUACGUCCUGGUAAAACCAUUGACAUUUCAACACGUAUUGCUUUCAUUGACAUUUCAGCACGCCUUGUUUUAAAGUAUAGACAUCAUAUUUAGCUGUAAACUUUAGUAAAGUCAGUAAAGUCGCAUUCGGUUCGUCAUGCCUGCAAGUCCUCAAGUCUUCUUAGUUUUUGUGUAAUUACCUGAUCUGCUAACUAGCUUAUCAAUAUUGAUUAAUGGAUCAAUUGAUUGAAUGACUUAUUUGAGAAAAAAAAAUAGGCCUCUUGUGCUAUAUUCGUAUCUUCUUUUGAUAGUUUUUUUUGGCAGUUAAAUAAUGAGAACAACUCUCUGCUCUUUAGGCGCCUUUUUCCAGGGGAUCAUCCCAAGGAGUUGUAUGUGUGCUACCAUCAGUCUGUACCCCAAAGUGCCGUGGAGCUGGCCUUCAAAUUGGGCUUCGGUGUAUGACCUUACGAUGUGCCUUAGAUUUCGUGCCAAAUGGAAAAAUCAUGCUUCGUAAGUGUGACGCUGUUCAGUGAUUUUCCUGGUUAAGAAUGGCGGAACCAAGCCAGGAUCAAAAGGAAGCUGUUUGAAGAAUAAAAGGCUGGAAGACAAGGGAAGAAAGUGGAUUGCUGGCGAAUCGCUGAAAGAAACAAAAAAUCUUAAAUUGAUGUUAAAUGUUACGUUUUUUUGAUGAGAAACUGUUUAUAUUAAUCGCUCGAAAAGUCAUAGCAAUGUUGUGGCUUUUUGUUGUUUAUUGCUUUGUUUUCGGUGUUUUUCUGUCUCGCAGGUUGCGUAUAGCACUCGUUAAUGUUUCAAAAUGCGUAGUUGAGGCAUCUUGAUACAAAGGAAAUCUUUGGCCAGGAAUACGUCCCUCGAGAAAGAUCAAUCGGUUUGAAAAUGUAGACAAAACCAAAUUACGACUUCCAAAUUAUUGCCCUGAACUGGAUAUUCAAAAUUUUGUUUGUUUGUUUGUGAUUAUUUUGCGCUGAAUAAUACUUAUCCUUACAUAUCAAAAGGAUUGCCAGGAGGGCAACAAAGUGUGAGCCUACGCAGUAUAAUGCCGCAUGUAACUUCUGACCUCGUUGGUAAGAGAGGCUUAAGGGCCUGGAAACGAGAAAAGUUUGAACAGAUGCUGGACGAGUGUUCUAAAGAUUAGUAGGAAUAUUUGACGGAAAAGGAAACAGUGAAACACAAUAUGUACCUAACAAAGUUAUUAUUCUUAUAGAAAUUAUAAAACCAAAACAAGUACAUUAUUUAAUAAAAUUUUUUUACUGGUUGAAAAUGCGAAGAGCUCUUAGCCAGGUGCCUGCCGGAAAUGUUUUUCUGCGGGAAAACAUGGGGUCGCCGUGACGUGACUCAAAGAGGACGAAAGAAAUAGAUGCUGGCCGUGUGUAGUAUGCAGAUUUUUUUUCCUCAAACGUCAACCGUUUUUGGGUUAAGACUGUCGUCUUAAGAAAAUGAAGGAAAACGUGCACAAGCUUCCGGUCUGAGUUUGUUACGUAUUGAACAAGCACGGUAUGGAUUCUAGGAAUUAAAAGUCUCAAAGAUUAGCUUGGAGUAGUCUCCCUAAACUGCAAGAGGAAAAGUUAUCUUUCAGUUAAACUUCUCUAGAAAGUAGUAUUAAGUGUCAGAAAAUAUCGAAAACUGGUAUUGACUCUUGAGAAAGGAGUUUGCAUGUUGGAUCGUGUGACGCUUUGUGAUGAGAUUUAUAUAUCUGUAAUAAAGUUCGGAUAUAACGCGCGCUGUAAUUGAUUGAAAGAGCGUGCUCUAUCAGAGUAUAGAAAAUAGAGCAAGAGCUGAGCUACAGCUGUCACACCAUCUGUCUAAUUUUACUAUGUCCAACCAUUUCUCUGACUCUUCUCUAGCUUUUUUUCGUUAAUUGAAGGUGAAAUUUUGGAACAAGUGAGUCGGCAAAUUGCGACAGAAGAACCAAACAAAGUUUUGUAAACAUGCCAAGCGCCGUAAUAUUGUACGCUAAUAACACGUGAGCAAAAACGAAAAUCCUUAAAGAGAAAACGAAAUGGACAGUCCGGGGUUUGAAGAUUUUCACGCUUACUGUAGAGUGACAGCUUACGCAUGGUAUUAAAAAUCAAACACAGCUAACACUCACAUAGUAUAUACAGUUUCUUGUUCAAAAACAAAACAGAACAAAACAGGAAUCAUUAAAAAUACAUACUGGCUUAACUGUUAAAAUCCAUACUAAUCAUGAUGACCUCAGAGCCGCAAGGAUUGGGCUGAGGUCCAUCGCAGCUGGCUCAUCAUGGCGAUCUCCGGUCAUCACAUUGAAGCAAGCCCAAGAAAUUAUAUCCGCUGCCUUUCGAGUGAACAAAUAAAGGCUUGCUCUGAUAUCCUAUCCGAUACCUUGAGCGGAGAUCAUAUUAGUCACAGAAGCCGAAUUUACGGCGCUGUCAUUCCGAGCUAUCUUUAUGUUCCUGUAAAACACACGCCUUGAGCAAUCUUUUUUUCUAAUCGUAAUGUGAAAAAGCUCGUGUUUUUAUGAGCUUCGAUUCGGUCGGAUUUCA